AUAAGUAUCAGUAAUCAUUGAUAACGAUGUAACACUAAUCAAAUACUUCUCUCAGUAUCAGCGCCUCCCCUUGGUUUUGGCGAUGUAUCAGCCGGGAACACAUCGCCGUAUUGCACUGCUCAUAUGCGAUGUACCCGCUGAUCCUGUUCGGGAGCAGCACGGGGACUACACAAGAAUUUUCGGAACCUUGCUAGAAGAAUCAUUGAAGCCCAUCAAUGAGACUCAUUCAGCUGACUCACAAACGACGUUCACACUUGAGCCUUUCGACGUGCGCGUGCAGGUUUACCCUAAAGAGGAUGACUACGAUGCAAUACUAAUCACAGGCUCUGCACAUACUGCCCACGAAUAUGAACAGCCAGGUAGAGAAUGGAUGAAAAAGUUGAUUGAGUACGUGAGGGUGAUCGCGACAGAGAAACCGCGGAUAAAGAUCUUUGGCAUAUGCUUUGGACAUCAGAUCGUCGCGCUUGCCAUGGGCGGGACAUGUGUUCGCAACACUCGUUUCGAAGUUUCUGCGACAAAGCUCCAAUUGACUGAACUCGGAAAGAGAGUGUAUGGCAUCGAAUCUGGCGUAAUGAACAUACAUUUAAUGAAUCGAGACCAUGUUCCCACCAAGCCGCCAUCAUUCCAUGUUCUUGCAUCGUCUAACCAAUCGCCGAUUCACGGGAUGGUUCUCUUUUCACAGUCAGAGUCCCUAAGGGACGCAUCGCACUCUGAUUUUCGCCUGACCGAUAUUCAUAUUCUCACCAGUCAAGGCCACCCCGAAUUCACAGAGUCUAUAAUGCGUUUACUCCUCAGCGUGCGGCGAGGACUCUUGGGUCCCGAAAUUUUUGAUGACGGUCAGAGUCGUGCAGGCAAUCAAAAUGAUGGAAUUUCGGUUGUUGGAAAGGCGAUAUGGGGUGUCAUGGGAGCAGAAUGAGCAAUGUAUCCUGAAGCCAUCACUAGCAGGUGCAACGGAAUGUACAAGAACUCAUUCAAUGUCAUAGGUUCUGGCACAUCGGGCCUCAGGUUGCUUUGGAAAGUCAUAAUAUAACACGGGCGCUAUGCAACGGAUACAGAGUGCUUGGGGGAGGGGUUUCUUUUCUUUUUCUUUUUCUCUCUUUCGUAAUACGUUACAAAAGAAGAAAAAAAGAAAAAAAAAGAGA